UUGUUGCGUGGUUGAAUGGAAAAUGGAAAGCAGCUCGAAGUUUCCUACAAGUCUUGGUCGUCGCGUCCUUUACUCUUAUGCAUGUCUACACCCUUUCCUGAGUUCUUAUUCACCACAAUAAUUAUACAACAACUCUCUUCUCUUUCCUUUUUUCCAUGGCUUCUUCUUCUACUACUUCUGGCAACUCGAAAUACGAUGUUUUCCCGAGCUUUCGUGGAGAAGAUGUCCGAAGCUCAUUCCUCAGCCAUCUUCUCAUGGAGCUUAAACGCAAGUUGAUCACUACAUUCAUCGACCAUGGCAUCGACAGAAGCCGCCCUAUCGGACCUGAGCUUUUACUGGCGAUAAAAGACUCUAGGAUCGCGAUCGUCAUCUUCACUAAGAACUACGCCUCGUCAACAUGGUGUUUGAACGAACUGGUGGAGAUCCACAAGUGCUUUAAGGAUCUGAAUCAGAUGGUGAUACCUAUUUUUUACCAUGUAGAUCCUUCUGAGGUCAGAAAGCAGACCGGGGAAUUCGGUGAGAGGUUUAAAGAAACCAGCAUGGACAAAACAGAAGAUGAGAUAGCAAGGUGGAUUAGAGCACUAACAGAUGUUGCAAACUUGGCCGGAGAGGAUUCUAAGAAUUGGAUUGUUGAAGGCGAAGCAAAAAUGAUUGAACAUAUAGCAAAGGAUGUGUUCAAGAAACUUAUGAUACCACCAAACGAUUUUAGUGACAUUGUGGGGAUUGAAGCUCAUUUUGAGAGGUUGAAUUUGCUUUUGUGUUUGGAGUCUGAGAAGGUUAGAAAGGUAGGAAUCUGGGGGACUUCAGGGGUAGGUAAGAGUACCAUAGGAAGAGCUCUUUUUAGUCAACUCUCUAGCCGAUUCCACAAACAUGCUUUCUUCGUCUCUUACAAGCGUAAAAAAAAGUGGGACAAUAGUAAAAUGAAGCUGUGUUUGGAUGAACUGCUUCUGUCGGAAAUUUUGUGUCAAAAGGAAGUAAAGAUAAGUCAUCCAGGUGUGGCAAAACAAAGGCUAAAGCAUAAGAAAAUUCUUAUCAUCGUUGAUGAUGUGGAUGAUCUUCAAGUGCUAAACACCUUGAUGGAUCAAACUAGUUUGGUUGGAUCCGGGAGUAGAAUCGUUGUGAUAACUCAAGAUAAGAGACUUUUAAAGUCUCAAAAUAUUGAGCUUAUUUAUGAGGUGGAGCUCCCAUCGUACGACCUGGCUAUGCAGAUGUUUUAUCGAUCUGCGUUUGGGGAAAACUCUCCACCUUAUGGUUUCAAAGAACUCGCGGAGGAAGUUGUGUUGCAUUCAAGUAACCUCCCUUUAGGUCUAAGUGUCUUGGGUUCGUCGUUGAAAGGGUUGAACAAGGAGGAGUGGGUGGAGAUGCUGCCAAGGCUCCUGAAUUGUUUGGAUGGUGAAAUCAAGAAUACACUAAAAGUCUGCUUUGAUAGGUUGCAUGUCAAAGAGCAAGAAUUGUUCCUUUGGAUUGCAUGCUUAUUCAAUGGUUAUAACGUCAAUUUCUUAAAAGAUUUGCUCGGAGAUGGUGCUGAAAUUGGGCUUAGAAUACUGAAUGACAAGUCCCUGAUACGUAGGGAAUCAACAGGAAUUGUUCGAAUGCACAGUUUGUUACAGAUGUUGGGUAAAGAAAUCAAUUGUGCAGAUUCCAUCAACAACCGUAGGUUGUUGACGGAAGCUGAGGAUAUAUGUAAUGUACUUACCGAUAAAACUGGCACGGAGAAUAAUCUAGCCCUGGAUUUGAACAUGUCGGAAAUCAACAAGACAUUGGUUAUAAAUAAAAAGUCAUUUAAAGGAAUGCGUAAUCUGAAACUUCUAAACUUUUACAAAUCCUUGUGGCCAAAGGAGACUGGAAAAGGCAGAUUGGAUUUACUUGAUCAAGGCCUGGAUCAUUUUCCAAGCAAACUCAGAUUUCUACGUUGGGAUGAAUAUCCAUCCAAGUGUAUGCCUUCUCGCUUUAGAGUGGAAAGUCUGGUUGAACUCAGAAUGGAAUAUAGCAAGGUUGAGAAGUUGUGGGAAGGAACUCAGUCUCUUGGAAGUUUGAAGGAGAUGGAUAUGAGUUAUUCUGCAGAUUUGAAAGAGAUUCCAGAUCUUUCAAAAGCCAUAAAUGUCAAGGAAUUGAAGCUUUGGGGAUGCUCAUCUUUGGUGGCACUUCAUCCGUCAAUUGGGAAUCUCAGUAAAAUGUAUGGAUUGAGGCUUUCGGGAUGCACAUCUUUGGUUACGCUGCCUUCCUCGAUUGGAAAUCUCACUAAACUGGUUGAAUUGGACAUGUCGAAAUGCUCAAACCUUAACUUUCUGCCAGCUGAUGUCGACUUGGAAUCUCUUGAAGUCCUUAAUCUUAACGGAUGCUCAAAGUUGAGAACGUUUCCUCGUAUAUCAAGGAACAUUACAUCACUUUACCUAGAAGAAACUGCAUUAGAAGGAGAAGAAGAUAGUUCUUGGAUUGAGAAUAUCCCUCACUUUAAAGAACUCUAUUGGAAUGAUGUACCAUUGAGUUGUAUGCCACUUAAUUUCAAACCAGAAGAUAUGGAGUACCUUGUAAUGACUAGUGUCAGGCUUAAGAAGUUAUGGGGAGGGGUCAAGUCGCUUGGAAAACUCUGGGGGAUGCAUUUGUCAGGAUGUGAGAGCCUCAUCGAAAUUCCAGAUCUUUCAAUGGCCAUCACCCUUAGGUAUUUGGAACUAAAAGAUUGUAAAAGCUUGGUGGUGCUUCAUUCUUCAAUUAGGAAUCUCUACCAACUCAAGCGCUUGAACAUGGAAAGAUGCACAAUGCUCGAGGUUCUACCAGUCGACAUCAACUUGGUUACUCUUAAAGAACUCUAUCUAGGUGGAUGCUCAAAACUGAGAAAUUUUCCUCAGAUUUCAACCAGCAUUGUACUUCUCUAUCUAGAUGACACUGCGAUCGAAGAAAUUCCUUCCUGGAUUAAGAACAUGACACGUCUCAGGAAACUAACGAUGUGUAGGUGCAAGAAUUUAAAGAACAUAUCCGCAGAGAUUUUUAAAUUGGAGUUUGAUAAGGCAGACUUUUCAGACUGCGGAGGAAUCACAACUAUCUGUGAUCACUUACCAGGGCCACACAAUGAUGUCUUUGAUAUUUCUUCAUAUAGUUCUUUCAGAUUUCCGCGAGUGGCUCCUUUCAAGUUCUAUAAUUGCUUCAAUUUGGAUCGAGAUGCACAAGAAAUCAUUGUACAAUCAUACUCAAAGAUGGCGGUUAUACCAGGUGGAGAAGUGCCUAUUUAUUUCACACAUCGAGCUUGUGGAAGUUCCCUAAGUAUCCUUUUGUCUGAGAGCUCUCUUUCUCAAGAAUCCAUAUUACUUAAAACUUGCAUCGUGGUUGGACCUUCAAGACACUACCCCGCCAGAUUAACAAUUCAUCAGUCCUUUCGAGGCCAAAAAGAAGAGAUUCCUUGUGAUGUUAUAGUGGACACAUGCACGUACGAGAAGGAUCAUCUGGUUUUGUUCAUAUUACAUUUACAAAUAAACAGAGUGGAUGACUCGCCAUCUGAACCGAACAACAACCUUCUACUACUUGAGUUUUAUAACAGCCAUUAUGAUGGAUAUUAUGAAGGUUGUUCCUGCGGCAGCAGCUUUGGCAGCCACAAACAAAAUUCUACUCUCGAAGAGAUAAAAGGAUGCGGUGCACGAGUCAUGAAUAUCUCAGAAACAGACUUUCGAGAAAGUGAUGAAGAGAGCAACAGAAGCAAGAAGAAGAUGCGGAUGACAGUUCUCACCACGGACGGACCCACGUGAAGCAUUGUGGUGUCACUUGACACCACAAAUAACCUUAUACAUUUUUUUUGUAAGCGGUAACAUGUGAUGGAUAUUUGGUUGUAAAAGUUUUAACAAGCUUUAAGCACAAGUUCACAA